UAUGAAGUCCUAGAGCAGAUAGUAAUGGAAGACCCUGUGCAAACCUUCAUUCACGUGUGCCAUGAAAACAGUAAAUGGAUGUCACAAUUACCAGAGAAGCUCUGGGAUAUUCCCCUCUAUAACUUAGCUCUUCCAGGGAGUCAUGACACUAUGACCUACUGCUUAGAUAAACGCUCUGUUAGUGGCAAUGAAUCCAAGCUGUUGAAGUAUUUAAACAAAUGGCUGCCGUGCAUUGUGCGCCCCAUUAUCAUGAAGUGGUCUACAACACAGGUACUGACUGUGACAGAGCAACUUGAGGCUGGAGUUAGAUAUCUGGAUUUCCGGAUUGCCCACAAGGCUAAUGAUCCAUCUGUGAAUUUGUACUUUGUGCAUAUGGUUUACACAACUGUUACUGUACAGGAUACUCUGUGGCAAAUUUUAAGGUGGUUGGAAACUCAUCCUCUGGAAAUUGUUAUCUUAGCCUGCAGGAAUUUUGAUGGAUUAACCAAGAAACUUCAUCGUCUUCUUGUUGCCUAUAUAAAAGAGGUUUUCCGGUCUAAACUGUGUCCCAGAAAUGUGGUGCCAACACUGCGGACCAUGUGGCGGCGUGGCUACCAGGUCAUAGUCUCAUACGAGGAGAACGUGGAAGUGAAGAAGCACCAUGAGCUGUGGCCCGCAAUCCCAUACUGGUGGGGAAACAAAAUUGCCACUCGCGACCUCAUCAAGUAUUUAGAGCACAAGAAGAAGAUGGGCCGUCCAGGAAAAUUCUUCGUAGCAGGGAUUAACCUUACUGAAAAUUUAGGAUAUAUUCUUGGACACCCGUUUGGAUCAUUGAAGAAAGUAACGCUCCAGAGUCUUCCAUGCUUGAAAAUCUGGAUAAAGCAGCAGCAGCCAGGCUCUCAAAAAGAAUGUAUUAACAUCAUUGCUGGAGACUUCAUAGGAAAUGAUGAUUUUGUCAAAGAUGUGAUAGAACUUAAUGCAAAAAUUAAUCCUCCAUUACACUGUCAAAGCAAAGGGGCUGGAACAAGUAGCAUUUCAUUCUCAGCUUCUUAA